UUGGAUAGCCAGUUCCACGUAGGAAACAAGUCUCCUGACCCUUCUGACUUUGUUGGCGAGAGAUAGAUUAACAUUAUCCAGGCAUUUUUUAUGCUGCGGGAUUAUGGUGGCAAUAAUGAAUAGUGGUGAUAUUGACGAGAAGAACCCAGAGAGCCCUGACGACAUUCCGAAAGAGAUGAGAGUCUACUCUCUGGAGAUUCUGAAGAUAAUUAAAGAGGCCCAGCAGCAACAUGGUCUUCGUCAUGGCGACUAUCAGAGGUACAGAGGCUACUGCUCCAGACGUCUCAGGAGGCUGAGGAAGGUCCUGAAGGUGCCCCAGGGGGACAGGAGACACUUCAAACGCAGGGAUGUUACUGCUACUAUGGUGCACGACGAUAAAUUUCUUCAAGUUCCUCUUACAAUGGCAGAACGUGCAUGGAGUCAUGCCAUGCAGCUUCGAAUCGAGGCUAAUACUGAACCCAGGAAGAAAUUCCAUCUCAUUUCAAGGCUCAGAAAGGCUGCUGCCUAUGCUCUUCAACUUCAAGAGUUGAUUGAAAAUGUCAAUUGUGAUGCUCGCACGAAGCUCGAAGCUCAGGCUUACGUAGCCUGGAUGCAGGGUUCUCUUCAGUUCGAGCUGCAGCUCUGGAAAGAUGCAAUGACGAACCUGAAGAAAGCCCAAGUGGUAUACGGAGAGCUGGCAUCAGCCCUUCCAGAACUAGAACAAUUGAUCUACAAAGCCCGAGUCGAGGAAUUAGCCCCCAGUCUGCGUUACUGUGCCUACAACGUAGGGGACACUUCAGCAAUCGAUGACCUGAUGCAGAUGAGAGGACAACUGAGUAACGAAUUACUCAUGAGUUUGGAUUCCCUGAUGGCACAGACUCGUGAAAAGCAGUCGACCGCAGAGGAAGUGCUUUGGCGCGGAAAAUCAUGUGGAAUAGUUCCGGCACGUGCUACAGGACUAUUAAUCGCUGACUCUCGAUUGAAUCAGACCCUAGAGAAGACUAGUGCGCUGCAGGGAAAAAUUGAUCUCCUCGAGGCCCAUCUGAUCGAUUGCAAGGACGUGAUGACUACAGUCAGAGAAAUAUUUAAAGCAGAAUUGAAAAACAAGGAUGACAAGACUCCGGUUCAUCACUUGAUUGCUUACCUGCAAUAUAUAAGGCUUUCCAGGACCCUCGAAAGGAAUCUUGCACUCGUGAGCAUCGCUGAGGAAUCUGAAAAAACAAAGUCCCAAGAUAUCGUGCGACUCUAUGAAGCAGCUUUGCAUAAUCUCCUGGAGAUGUCCCAGCUGCUGGAGGACGAGGAGUACAGGAAGGAACAGGAAGCCAAGAGCAAAGGCUAUCGGGCUUUUAGGUGCUUUCACAUGGCCCAAUCCUUUGCUAAUUUGCACAGAUGGAGGGAAGCCAUGGCUCUGUAUCAACGAGCCCUUCGCCACACUAUCGACGCCCUUAACGAACAAUCGUUCCUCCCAGAGGAUCUCAAGUGCUCUUUGAAAAAACUCGAGAGUUCGAUCGAAUGUGCACAAUGUGCUGCUCAUGCUCACAGUGUCCUUGAGGAAGGAGGCGAAGAGGAGACCGGAGCUGUCAAGCAAAUGAAGAGCAAGAAACCACUCAUCGAGAGACUCCACGAGUACAGGGAGGAUAAUUCUCUUCUCACCAAACAACCCAAUGUCUUCAAUAUCCCACCUCCUAUGCAGAGCAUUCCAUUCAAACCUUUGUUCUUUGAUCUUGCGUUUAAUAUGGUGGAAUUUCCGGAUUUAUCGGAUAAACUUGGCGAUCAAGGGAAAAAGGGACAAGCUGGACUCACUGGAUUUGUUAAGGGCUUGUGGGGAUGGGGAAAUAAAUAAUUGGAGAUUUGAAA